CCCGAGGAACCUCCUCCAUCAUCGCCUCCACUGAAACCCCCGCCUCCGCCUCCGCUGUAACCCCCGCCCGAGUACCCGCCCGCACCAUCGCCUCCAUGGCAGUGACCACCGCCGUGAUGCCCUCCGCCAGCGUGAUGGCCGCCUCCACCGCAGUCACCCACACCUCCGCCAUAGUAGGAAACGCCUGCGCCAGAGGCCGGAACCGAAGUGUACAUCAUGGAGUCCACUACUCCACCUCGAUUUGUUCUUGCUGUUCCAGAGGAGCCAUAGUAUUGCCGGCUCGUCUGCUUCAUAGGCCGAGGGGCAUAAUCUGGAUGGAGCUUGUACUUGGGCUGUCAUGGGGGACACGGAGUCAGCCGGGGUGUCUGUGACAAGAUGUGUUGGGCUUGUGAAAGAGAGCGCCGACAUACCUUUGAGCCGAAACACAUGGUGACGGUUGUGCUUUAGAGACUUGAGGUCUUUGCUUUUUCCGCGGGUGAAGUGGGCUGUCCCUAGGGGUAAUGAUGACUUGUGCCUGCUGGUUUUGGGCUUCUGUGUGCGUCGUCGAAGGCAAAGAGCACUGCCGUGGUCGAGCGAUGUGGACUGAUUUGUGACACUUAUGAGUGAAGUGUAAGGAUGAUGGAUGCUGUGUUGAGGGGAUGUCUUCUUUCGAUUGUUUCUGUA